AUGUUGCAAGACGUAUCCGACGUGCAUCAUAAGUACAUAAAUUACGGCGAGGAUUACGGCGACACGGAAGACGACGGCAGCGUUUUCCAAAAUGAUCAAGCUACGCCAUCGGAGCGGAGAACGAAGUUACCUAGAACAUUCACCUUGGCCACCGUGGCUGCGUUCGCGGCUUUCAGCGUCCUUGUGGCUGGUGUAGAGGCCCGACCCCCGGAUCCGUGGAGUCAGAUCGCCCAUCAGUUUAUGAACUACACAGAUAAGCAGAUCCUGGAUUAUCUCGUUAACAACAGCAGAUACGACUACCGGAACAGACCCGAAGAAUGCACCAAGGUGAAUGUCAGCGUCUUGUUGCUCAGCAUGUCGUCUCCGGACGAAUCCAGUUUGAAAUACGAGAUCGAGUUUUUGCUGAUUCAAAAAUGGAUCGAUCAGCGUCUGGCGUAUCACGAAACCAGCUCGAAUUAUUCGCACCUGAAUGGCCUUCUACACGAAGGGAAAAUUUGGAAGCCUGACAUUUACUUCAUCAAGCACGGUCUCGAAGAUGAAACUAUGGAGCACGAGGAGUGCACCGAGUAUUGUGGUCAAGGGGAGUUUAAGACUCCACUCAAUCCGGUUCAUAUGAGCCUCCGUCUUUAUCCCAACGGCACGGUUGUCUAUACAAUGCGAAGGCACAUGACCCUGGUCUGUCAGGGAAACCUACAAAUAUUCCCGUUCGACAAUCCGAAGUGCCCAUUCGCCGUCGAGUCGAUGUCGUACGAGGAGAGCCAGCUCAAGAUUGACUGGUCCCAGGAAGAGGAGAAUAUAACGAGGGCCUCCUCACUCCGGGCCCUGAAUGCGUAUCUCGCCAAAAACGAAACGGGCUAUUGCGACAAGAGGCACACGUGGCGAGGGAACUAUUCAUGUCUGCGAGUCUUACUCGUAUUCACGAGAGACAAGUCGUUCUACAUUUCAACGGUGUUCGUACCAGGCAUCGUUCUUGUGACCUCUUCAUUCAUCUCGUUUUGGCUCGAUAUCAACGCCGUUCCCGCCCGGGUAAUGAUCGGAGUAACGACCAUGUUGAAUUUUUGUACAACAACCAACUCAUUCCGUUCAACUCUUCCGGUCGUAUCGAACCUGACAGCGAUGAAUUUGUGGGACGGCGUAUGCAUGUUUUUCAUCUACGCGUCCAUGCUGGAAUUCGUGAUCGUGAACUAUCUGUACCGUAACUUGGGCCAGCAUUCCCGUCACAGAAGAUUCAGUUACGCAUCUUCGGUGGCUUCGAAAAACCAUCCGCAAGCGACGCCACUCCUUCAACAGAACAAUAAACACAAUGUCUAUGUUAAGGGUAACGAGUCCACGCAGAAGACGGAAACAACGACGUUCGUCGUAGAUCCGCCUGCAGAAGAGCAGGACCGGGGUUUUGGUCGAUUCCGAACAGUGGCCACGUUAUUCGUCUGGCUUCGACGACCGCAAGCGAUCUCAACGCAAAUGCCGUCAAAACCGCGGCUUGCGAAAGCUAUCGACUAUUUCUCACGUACAGUGUUCCCCGUGCUCUUCGGAAUGUUCACUUUUGGCUUCUUCCUUAAUUAUGCUGUCAUCGGUCCGCUGUCUGAAGAAAACUGGAAACUUAUUGAAUACUAA